AUGGUAUUUACAAUGUUCAAUACCGCGGCAAGACACGCCGCUUCGAAUAUUGCUAUAAGCAACAGGCUGCUAAUAAAGGUCGCCUCUGUAGUUAAUUUACAGCCGUCCCGAGGUGCUGGUAAAUGGUUCCCGGAUGAGGAGUUUAUUGGUCAGUUCAAGGGCCCAGUCAUGUACCCGGACCAGGUGACAUCGCGCUGGAAGUUGCCGCCCUGGAACAGCAAGAUUGCGCCGGUAGAGAAGACGGUUCGAAACCUUACUCUCAACUUUGGCCCCCAACAUCCGGCGGCACACGGAGUGCUGCGGUUGGUCCUCGAGCUAGACGGCGAAACGGUGAUGCGGGCGGAUCCGCACAUUGGGCUGCUGCAUCGCGGGACCGAGAAGCUGAUCGAGUACAAAACCUAUACCCAGGCGCUGCCUUACUUCGAUCGUCUUGACUACGUGUCGAUGAUGUGCAACGAGCAGUGUUACUCGCUCGCCGUUGAGAAGCUGCUCAACAUCGAUGUUCCUCUGCGGGCCAAGUACAUACGGGUGCUGUUCGGUGAAAUCACUCGUAUCCUAAACCACAUUAUGGCCGUCGGAACGCACGCCCUCGACAUCGGUGCCCUCACACCGUUCUUUUGGUUGUUCGAGGAGCGCGAAAAGAUGAUGGAGUUCUACGAGCGUGUCUCCGGUGCACGCAUGCAUGCAGCUUACAUCCGUCCAGGCGGUGUGUUUCUGGAUUUGCCGCUCGGUCUGCUCGACGACAUACACGAGUUCGCGGCCAAGUUUGGCGAGCGGUUGGACGAAGUUGAGGACGUGCUGACGACCAACCGGAUCUGGGUGCAGCGCACGGUCGACAUCGGCGUCGUGUCGGCAGAAGAUGCUCUCAACUAUGGCUUCAGCGGCGUGAUGCUGCGCGGUUCCGGCAUCAAGUGGGAUCUACGUAAGGCGCAACCCUACGACGCGUACAAUCUGGUCGAGUUCGACGUGCCGAUCGGCACUAAAGGCGACUGCUACGAUCGCUACCUAUGCCGGGUGGAGGAGAUGCGCCAGUCGCUUCGUAUCAUCAACCAGUGCCUGAAUCAGAUGCCGGCCGGGGAAAUCAAGACGGACGACGCAAAACUGACGCCACCCUCGCGUGCCGAGAUGAAAACCUCCAUGGAAGCGCUUAUUCAUCACUUCAAACUGUUCACGCAAGGAUAUCAGGUUCCACCGGGUGCUACCUACACCGCGAUCGAGGCGCCCAAGGGAGAGUUCGGCGUCUACCUGGUGUCGGAUGGCUCAAGCCGACCGUACCGGUGCAAGAUCAAGGCACCAGGUUUCGCCCACUUGGCCGCGCUCGAUAAAAUCGGUCGCCAUCACAUGCUAGCCGAUGUGGUCGCCAUAAUCGGCACGCUGGACGUUGUGUUUGGUGAGAUCGACCGUUAA